CACACACAUCCACGCGCGCGCACACAUACACAAACUUGCGCAUACACACGCUCACCGAGCUCUUCUCCGACAGUAGAGAGAGAGGGAGAGCGCGAGCUCAGAGAGGGAUAAACAGAGAGAGAGCGAGAGAGACUAUAGGAACGCAGAAGCGGCUUGUGUGUGUGUGCGUGUGUGUGUGUGUGUAGGUACGCUUGCUCGGCGGUUAGAAACGACUGGCUGGGCGGAUAUGGAGGGGCUCGGGAAAAACGCUGGGAACUGACCGAGUACCGAAACGAAGAGUGAAAGAGAGGGAGAAGAAGGACUGACGGAUAGCACCGUAGGAAGGACGGAAGGCAAGGAAGGAAAGGAGGAGAGGAGGAGAGAGAAGUCUAAAAGAGGAGAGGAAGAGUGUGAAGAAGGGGCUCGUCUGGAACACAGAAGGAUCCUAAGGAGUGAGCCCUGGGCUGGAUGGGACCCACCAUGCCCCCCAGUAAGAAGGCCCAGAGCCCCAGUAGUGGAGCCAGUGCCUCGCAGGGCAUGAGCCCGCCGUACCGGCAAGGUGACGCCGCCACGGCGGCAUCUGAAGCCGAGGCGGCUGACCUCUCCCUUUCCCUGUCCGCCUCCUUCUCCAAGGCCGAAGACGAAGAGCUCACCAGCCUCUCCUGGCUCCACGAGAGCACGGACCUCCUCAACAGCUUCAGCCAUUCUGGGCUUCGUAGCGUCUCCCCUCUGCAGGACCCCGACGGCCAGCACCCUCGCUCGCCCUCCUCCUCGUCUCCCUCCCCAGACGACCCCCUGCUCGGUGACGCGCACUCAGCGUACGACUUGACGGCGGGGGCCAAUCGAAAACCUCCGUACUCCUUCAGCUGCCUGAUUUUCAUGGCCAUCGAGGAUGCGCCAAACAAGCGGCUGCCGGUGAAGGAUAUCUACGGCUGGAUUCUGGAGCACUUCCCUUACUUUGCAAGCGCCCCCACAGGCUGGAAGAACUCAGUGCGCCACAAUCUGUCGCUCAACAAGUGCUUCAAGAAGGUGGAUAAAGAUCGCAGCCAGAGCAUAGGCAAAGGCUCUUUGUGGUCCAUAGAUCCAGAGUACAGGCACAACCUGAUCCAGGCUCUGAAGAAGACGCCGUACCAUCCCUACUCGCCCAGCCUGACCACCCCCUCCACCUCCCCACCCACCCUACCGCAGACAUUUCACCACAGUCCUCCGUUGUGGUCGGGGAGUCCCCUCUUCAGAAAGAACGGAGGAGUACUCCUGCAAGUUCCUCGAGGUGUGAUCCAAAAUGGCGCCCGUGUCAGGAGCCAGGCCCUCUUCCCUGUUAUCAGACCCUUACCUGUAAGCCCUGUGGGGAGCAGAACCUCGGCCAUAAGAUCAUCCCUGGGCGAUUAUCUAAGCCGAGGACAGGACAGCCCAUCCCGCUACUCUCCUCCGCCCUGCGGCGAGGACCUCCAGGACGACCACACUUACAGCACCGCCAAAUCCCCCAGCAGGCUGUGCUCCUCCCAGGUCACCUCCCCUUCCUCCCCCGUGGACGACGACGACAUUAUCGCCGUGGAAAUCCAAUCAGACGUCAAACCCGAGCCCCGGGAGAUCCCACUGGACUCUCACGUCACCACUGCCGCCACCACCACUACCCACAUUUCUCAGCAGCCCCUGCGCGGACAGAGACGUAGUUUGGGGGGAGCCGGGACUCUGGCUGGGAGCAGUUUGCCCUGGACCAAAAGCCGAGCGAGAGGCAUUAGUGACACGCUGCCGCUGAAGAAGCGGCGCGCGGCGACGGUGGAGAAGCCGCCGGAGAGCGACGACGAGGAGAUGAAAGAGGCGGCGGGAUCGCUGCUCCACCUGGCGGGGGUUAGAGCCUGCCUCAACAACAUCACAAACCGCACCGCCAAGGGCCAGAAGGAGCAGAAAGAGGCCCUGAGAAACUAAGACACACACACAUAGAACAAAGCAUAGACACACACACAGACGGCUUAUAGCUCCAAGCACACACACACACACAGAUUUACACAUACACACACAACUAGGUCAACAGGUAACAUUACUACAGCAUUAGUCUCAACGGACACUUGUCAUCUCCCUCUAUCUAUCUGCAGGGCAUUAGGUGAAUCCUACUUAUUUGUGGCAAUAUCAAAAAUCUAUGUUUUCCUACAUGUUCAGCAACACUAAACAUCGAUGGGUAUUUCUCAUAUGUCUUUGUUGGUUUUUUGUUGUUUAAAAAGGGGAUGAAAGCCAUAAAAAAAAAGGAAAAAACAAAAGCACGUUUUGUCACUAAUUUGGACGAGCGCGACAAAACCGAGUCACGUUGCCGGGAGGGGGAGGGCGGGAGCUGAUGAUGGCUGUUUGUCUUACCUGUUUGUUUCUAUGUGAAUCUGUAGCAAUCUUGCAGUGAUAGCCGGCGAAGGCGGCGGCGCCGCUCGCCCAGACUCGGGUCGGCCGCCCGCCGGCAUCACUCUCCUACAUCCACGAGCACAAAUGUGAGACUGUGCCAAAGAUAAGCGACCAGGUUGCUUCAUGUAGCCGAUACGACAGCUGACAAGAAAAAAAACAAACACAAAAAAAAAGUUCAAAGAUGGCAUAGUAGAGCUAACGAGAGAGAGAGAGUGACCUUAAGUGUGGAAAUAAAUGUAAAACCCAAUGUGAUAUAUAUUCAUGCACUUAUUUUACGCCACUUAUAAUAAAAAGCAUCAUGGGUAAAGACAUGGUUUAUUUCAAGAGCACUCAUAGUAUUUAAGAAUAAAUAUAUUAAAAUUAAAAAAAAAAAGGUCAUGUUUUAUCACCAUAGAGACGGAUAGUGUGCCGGGUCUGAGGCAAUAUCUCCUUCAUUUUGUUGUUGUUGUUGCAUAAUGUAAAACCUCCUCCCUCCACCCCCUUGUACUUCUCUCCAUUAGACGACGUAGACACCUGGUAUAGAUAUCAUAGCUGCCAGUAGCUACCACCACUCUUCCUCUUCAUUUGACAAAGAACUAUAUACAUGAACUGUGGGUUUAGGUUUCUGUUUGUGUCUGUUUACCCUCACUCUACCCUCAUAAAGAUAUAAGCAAUUUGCCCCUGCGCGGGCAACUCUGUAAAAAGGUUAGAAAAUAUUUUAUUUUUUUCCUUUUUCUUAAUUGAAGCAAUUUGACCUGCAGGACUUUCUCAGUUAUAUUGCAUGGGUGCUUGUAAAUAAGAUAAAAAGCAAAUCUUUUUUAUUCAAAGAUCAUGUAAGAUAAACGAUGUAUUUAGCAUGAAGCAUGACUUAUUUUCAUAUAAACCUUGAUCCUAGAGGAAAGAAAAAAAAAGUUUUGCCGCCAAUUCUUAUACCCGUGAUUAUAUUGGAGAUUUUUCUUUUCUUUUUUUUUAUUUCUUCUCCUUCUUUUUCUGAGCGGAAUUUCAAAGACACGUCUUCAGGGAGGAAACGUGGGAGAUCACUCUGCAAUUAGAGGCCCAAAGGACGCCACCUCUGGGCCUCGGGUUCAGGCUUAUAACGUAGGCCAGCUGAAACACCUCUUGGGGGGGUGGGCUUACGACUUCUUAUUCUUCUGCCUGUACAGUGAUUUCUUUUCUUUUUUUAAAAAAUUUAAUUUAAUUGUUUUAGGUGUUCAGUGUUAAACCCCGGUGUUAUUCCAGAACACGUCUGUGGAGUGUGUGCGUUUGUGUGCCCAGGAACACACACCCUUUAACAUCGUGCCUGCCUGCCUGCCCUCAGUACCUCUGUUGUCACGACAGAACCUGUCUUUAUUUAUAACAGUAUUGUUUUUACUUUUACUUCAGUGUGUAAAUGUACGCGUGUCCUUCCUCUCCAUCGGCAUUGUUCGGUGUAAAUGUUUGAAAUCGGAAAGGGGCACGGGAGACUUUGUAGAUGCCCUCAUAUCUCCAAGAAAAGAAAAAAAGACGACAUGGGAAGUUUCUUUGAUUCUCUGAUUUACAGACAGUAUUUUUAACCCGAGGUGCAUCAUGGCUAAAACGGGAAUGCGCGCACAAGUAUUAUCCGACCCUCGUCUGCGUAUAAAAUAAAGCCGCUUUGUAGGUGAAAACGUAGGCUGGGCUUUGGCUGUAGCAGCAGAGCCAGACGGGGGAGAGGUGGGGUGGGGGUUUGUUUGAGCUGAAGAGACGUUGAACGAUCGUCAGCGAGCCAAGCGGGAGGAAAACAAAUGCAUGCCCCCAUCCACCGGUACAGUCUUUCGCCACCUGUAGCAUGCAUCACUGGCUUUGCAUUUUGUGUGGUACCCAUAAAGAGAAAAAAGAAAAAAAGGGGGGGGGGGGGGGUAAAGGAGACACUGUUAGUGUUGUCGUUGUGUGCCAUCUGUCUGUCGUCUGAUGUGUGUCUGAGUGCUCCCGGGUCAAGCACUCUGCUGUAUUCGAUGUACCAAUCCACCGCUGUGGUGACUAGUAACUGCGUUGAGUUGGCAAGAGGCAUGUCGAGGGGGUAGAACGUGUCGCUUUAGCAGCGCACGUUUGUUUUUGGGGGGUUUCUGCCCUUGGCUCACUCUGUGACAUGCAGGAAAGAAGAUCUGUUCACCUCUGAGUCCUGGUAAAACACAUGAACUGUACCUGGACGUAGUAAAGCAAAGUGCAUCCACUUCACUGCCUGAAAAGCCCCCAAACAGCAAAGUGUUUUCUCUCAAACCUGCCAAACGUACCACAAAAAGCUCCUAGAAGAAUAGUUGCCAUUAUUAUUAUUUUUUUAUUAUUUGUUGACGUUUUUACGCGCCUUUUAAAUUUUCCUGUUUCUUUUUGUUUCUGUCUCUCUGACAGACUUAUCUAUAAUACUGCCAUUAUUUUAUUUUUUCCGUGACUGUCUGAGCUGAAUAUUGGAAAGCCAUAGGUUAGAGAUGUCAAAAUGCAAAACUGUUAUUGAUCUGUGCGAUGUGAUGCAGAGUACACCCAGGUGUUGUUUUCUUGUUUUCUUUUGUUUUCUUCUUCUUCUUCUUCUUCUUUGUUUUUUUUUUCUUUUUCAGUAAAUGUUCAGUUUUCUCCUUAUUGUGCAAAUCAUAUUGCCAAAGAAUGAUUUCAAGACCUAUUUCAUCACUACAUGUAAAUAUCAACGUUGUCCAAUACCGUGGCAAAAAAUAUAUAAAUGUUGUUUUAUUUUGUUUUCCAUUUUCUGAGAAACUACAAUGAUGUUUAUGUGAUGUAUUGUCUUCCAGUUGGUUGCAAUAAUAAAAAAAAAUACG